UACGACGGUGUGCUUUAUCAGUUUCCGACAGUGUUACUCGGGAAGCGCAACUCUUGUGAAUAAUCCGUUUUGGUUUCCUGUUUUAAGUUCGAAAACUAAUAUUUCAAACUAAUUAUCGCUACACAUAACUAUAUCGAUAACCGAUAAAGUGCAAGUAUCAGUCGAAAUACGUGUUCUAUCAGCUUCAGUUCAGUUCUGAAGUUGCAACUCGAAGCCCAGCGGCUUUGAAAAGUUUGUUGUUGUCACGUGACACGAAUGCGGUGAUAAAGUUUUUGUUUGUUUAUUAAACGACCAUAGAUACAAAAACAACAUUCUAUAUUACGUUACUAUUUUAAAACAAUGCCUCAACCAAAAUACAGGAAGAUUGCUGUGAUUGGGUACAGAUCUGUUGGAAAGUCUUCUCUCACAAUACAGUUCGUGGAAGGACAGUUUGUAGAUUCAUAUGACCCUACCAUUGAAAACACCUUCAACAAAAUGGUGUCUGUCAACGGUCAAGAUUUCAAUCUUCAGUUGGUCGAUACUGCUGGUCAGGACGAGUACUCUAUUUUCCCUCAGUCUCAUUCAAUGGACAUCCAUGGUUAUGUCUUGGUCUACGCAGUAACCUCCAUGAAAAGUUUUGAAGUUGUUCAGGUUCUUCAUGACAAGCUGCUAGAUAUGGUUGGGAAAAUACAGGUGCCAACUGUUCUUGUUGGAAAUAAAAAAGAUCUCCACAUGGAAAGGGUGAUCAAACCAGAGGAAGGGAAGAAGCUGGCCCACUCAUGGGGAGCAGCAUUCAUGGAGUCUUCUGCCAAGGAAAACGAGACCGCUGUAGAGGUAUUCAAGCGGAUCAUUCUGGAGAUGGAGAGGGCAGAUGGGAACGUUCCCUCCGAGGAUAAAAAGUGUGCCGUGAUGUAAGAGGGUCUCACCAGGACAGCAGUAAGCUCAUUGGAUGAAGCCAGGAGACACAACCUCACCAGCCUGCCAAUCAUGACUUCCCUAGCACCAAGGAGCCGCAGUCGCAAUGUGGCCACUUUAUAAUUCAACAGUGUUUUACACAAAGGCACCCAAUCACACUCGAGGCUAACUAAAAAUAACUCUGACAGGUGUCACACAAGGGUUUCACUGUCAGUUUUACUGAAGUCUAUCAAGUUUGGUUGGCAUAAACCAAACCUCAUGAAAAUACCAAAUGUAAUGUAAGAGCAACAAGCCUAAACUUCACAACAAAAAACAGCUCCCUGAUAAUUGCAAUCAAAUAGCUAGCCAUGUAUCAACAGAUGGAGUGAUGACUGGCUAGUGUCCCCAACUCUCACUGGCUAGCUUCACCUUGUACAUAAUAACGGCUGACCUUGAUGCCUAAAAACAUGCCUGACUUUUUUUUCUCAGGUCAUUGUUUGGAAAGUCACUAUAAUUCACAACUGAUUAAUGUAUUGGUUACAGUAUCUUGGAAUGAGUUCUCUUUCACACAAGAUGUGUAUUGCAGAAAUACAUUUCCUCUAGCAUUGGUCUUGGCUAACAUUUUUUCACUAUACAACUUUCAGCAAGUCAACUUCAGGUUACACUUCACUCUUGAACUGUAAAUACUUUCUUUUAGGAAACAUGCCAAUUUGUAUUUUCUAGGAUACAGUUUUAUGUUCUUCUGGUUGGCAGAUUGGUCCUUGCUCCUUUCCGCUAUGAUCUACUAUCUGACUGUAAUAAUUAAGCUGUAAUUAUCCAGUGGAUGAGGCACCCUUGAAUGAUGUUUAGAAAAGAAUGGAAUAGAUCUGUUGUAUAAAAAAAGUUGUGGCCUUUUGAUCCCAGAGAACCAGGAUCGUAGACACAGGUUUGAUAGUGUUGUUAGUUUUAUUCUGAGAUAAUACAAGUGUGUUCAUUCAGCAGCAUAUUGAAUGAAAUGUCUGCAUAUAAUUAUACUAUAAUUAAGAAGAUGGAGUUGCAGUUAAGAGCAUUCACUGAUAAUUCCUUACCACUGUGGACUGUUAACCAGUUCAUGGGGAUCACAGGAUCUGCUGGUUUAGUUUUCAUUUUGGGGUUUUGAUUCCAGAAGUGAUGUAGGGCUCCAUCAAGCCAAGCAAAGACGCCUUAUGACACAUGAUCACUUAUGAAUUUAUGUUGAGUCGGGGACUCCCAGUGGACACAAUACUCACCAUAACCUGAUUUUCGUGUCCACAAAAGAUCAAUUUGAUGCCCAAUGGUUUUUACUGACAUUACUUACAUUUAUCCAGACGUUCCAACCCUGGUGUCGAUUAUUUGUUGUUUAGAAUUUUUUUAUAGAGUGCUUCUCUUUGAAUAAGUAGUAGAUUGAUUGAUAGGUGAUUGAUGAUGCAGUCUAAGGCUGAGUUUACACAGGCAGCCCAAUUCUAAGCAUUUUUUCACUACUUGGUCCUCUGACCAAUCAGAUUUGUGCUGAAAAAGAUCUGAUGUGAUUGGUCAAAAUAUCAGAAUUGGGCUGCCUGUGUAAACUCAGCCUGAGAGAAGCUGGAGAUGCUGUGUCUUGUGCCUUACCCUUCAAUCCCCCCCUUUACCCCCCCCCCCCCCAGAAAUAUUGCUGUAAACUGUUUUGUAUAUAUAAAUAUUUUACUCCUUUAAAAGUCUAUUUUUUUUAAAUGGAUUAGUUGUGUCAUGGCUGCUCAACAACUGUCUGCAGCUAAGAAUUUGAAUUCCAUCUCUGAAACAGAGACAUGCAGCCACUAUAACACCACACCACUUGGAGACAAAUCUGUUAAUAAAUUAGAAAUUAUUUAUUUGAUUAAACCGAAUUAUGAUGCUUACAAUUAUGCAGAUGUAUUUUUAAAUUGUCCCUGUACUAAGCCAUCAUUGAUGGUCUUUACUGACUUUUCACAAAAAAAUAUGAAUGGAUCAUGAAGGGCCGCAGUGGCUUGUGGGUCUGCGUACCCACAUCCAUGCCCACACAUGCAGUCAACUGAUUUAUGGAAUCAAUCCAUUUGUGCAGUUAAGGUAACUCUUAAUUGCAUUACCAGUAGCCAGGGCUGGCCCUAACCUUUUGGGGGUCCUUAGUGAGAUUUGGUUGGGGUUCCCCCCACCUUGGGGGAAAAGCAUUUUACUGGCCCUGUCUUGACAGCGGAGAGAAAAAUGUAGGUUUUAAAGUACAUUUCCUGCUAUUCUAAACAUUUUGUUAUAGGGCAGAGAAAAAAAUGUGCAGUUUAACAGCACAUUUCCUGCAAUUCUAUCAAUUUUGCCAUGGGGUGGAGAGACACUUUUGCAGUUUUAACACUAGCGGUGUGUGGGUCAAAUCAGUGGGGAAGCCAAGCCAGGAAAAUAAUGCCAUGUUACAUCGGUCCGGUGAAGUCCCUUCUGUGUUGUGAUAAUUGCGUUUUUUGCACUAACCUGUUAGUUGUUGGGCUCCCGAGUGGCGCAGCGGCCUAAGGCGUCACUACAGAACCUAGUUCGAUUCCAGGCUAUAUCACAACCGGCCGUGAUUGGGAGUUCCAUAGGGCAGCGCACAAUUGGCCCGGGGUAGGCCGUCAUUGUAAAGGUUAAAUAAAAAAUAAAAUAAGUUCUAAUGAGAUAAGAAAAAUAUGCAAUUUAACAGCUAACAGCUUCCUGCAAUUCUAUCUAUAGGGUUUGGUCAGGGUAGGCCGUCAUUGUAAAUAAUAAUUUGUUCUUAACUGACUUGCUUAAUUAAAUAAAGGUUAAAAAUAUAUAAUUUAAAAAAA